AUGGAUCUUACAACGCGCAAAGAGCUCGUUGAAGUCGCACGUGGAGACCGACAGCCAGAACGGGUUCUUCUUGGUGGCAAGAUUGUGAACACUCUCUCACGCGAGGUUCACGUCGGCGACAUCUUAUUGUACAAAGGCCGCAUCGCGGCGGUUCUCGAACCCACUAAACAAGAAUGGGGAAGCGAGGUCGACGUGGUCGACGUGAGCGGCUUAUUUGUGUCUCCCGGAUUUAUCGAUCCACACGUUCAUGUGGAGAGCUCUAUGAUCACUGUUACGGAGUACGCUCGAGCUGUCAUACCGCGGGGAACCACGACCAUCGCUGCCGAUCCGCACGAGAUUGGCAAUGUGCUGGGACAAGCCGGCAUGAGACUUAUGGUCGAUGAAGCCAGCACCACCGAUUUGCGGAUGCUUCUGCGCGUUCCUGGCAGAAUACCGGCAAUGCCAGAAGAGCUAGAGACGUCGAAUGCGAAGCUUACAUUGGCUGACACUAGGGGGAUGUUCAAUUGGCCGAAUGCUGUCUGUCUUGCCGGAGACAUCAACCCGACUCUGAUCAUCACAGCUGACGAAGAUCAACUGGCGAAAGUUGCAAUGGUACAAGGACUAGGUCUCACGGUAUCAGGGCAGGCACCUGGUCUGCUAGGUCGGUCUCUACAUGCUUAUGCAGCAGGUGGUCCCGAGGACAGCCAUGUUGCUCAGAACGUGGAUGAGAUAAUUGCGGACACUCGUGCCGGAAUCCGAACAGUCCUGGCCCUACGACCGGGCAGAGGUCUAGAUAAGUCACAUUUCGCUCAGCUGGCUGCCAGGAUCCGAGAAGAUCGGCUCGAAACCAGAUACCUGCAGUUCUGCACCGACGACAUCCAUGCACACUUUCUACAUGACGAGGGUUCUCUAGAUCAUCGUAUCAGAACUGCCAUCGAGGCAGGAUUUGAUACUUUAGUUGCAUAUCAGAUGGCCACCUUGAAUGUUGCCGAAGGGCUACGCAUUGACCGUGACUUUGGCAGUAUCAGCCCUGGUCGUCACGCGGACCUCAUCAUUCUCCGAGAUCUCGAGAAGGUUAUUGUUGAUCGCGUCUUUGUCAGAGGGAACCUAGUGGCUACCGGGAAUGGAAUGAUCAAGGGCAAAGAGUUACCCCCGGGAUUCAAAUAUCCUGAUUUUGCUAAGAAGACGAUGAAAUUGAAGAGAAGCAUCGAGUGUGCUGACCUACAAAUCAAAAUCAAUGACACAGCACAGUCUUCAAUCUUAGUCCGAGCUAUCACCAUGACCUAUCCGAAGCAAGAAAAGCAGGUCCAGCUCUCAAUUGAAUCAGGCGUCAUACUUCCUGACCCAGAGCAAGACAUUCUCGCUUUCUCAGUAGCUGAGCGCCACAAAUCAUCCGGUCGCAUAGGUCGUGGAUUCAUCAAUGGGUUUGGCCUCAAGCGUGGUGCACUUGCUACCAGUAUCAGCCACGACGCGCAUAAUCUUCUCGUUCUUGGUGCGAAUUUUGACGACAUGGCACUCGCGGCAAACAGACUCGCUGAGAUUGGCGGUGGCUACGCUGUUGCUUUAAAUGGCGAGAUCAUUUUCGAUUUGCCGCUUCCAAUUGCUGGGCUGAUGUCUGAGCAGCCGCUUGAAGAAGUUGCAAACGCGAUGGGUCGACUGGAGAGUCUUCUAUCUGACAAGCUCGAGUGUGCUGAUAGUCGAGGAAUCCUCAUUUCACUGAAUUUUACCUGCCUACCGAACAUACCCUUCUUUGGGUUCACAGAUCACAGCUUAAUCGAUAGCUGCUUGUUAGCGCCGGUAGAUGUUGUUGUCGGUUCCAAGUAG